CUUUCUAUCUCGCGCCUUUGCCUCGGAGCGGUCCAUCUUGCCUCUCACAUCGCUGCAGUCUCCCUCCGCCAGCGCGCCGUCCGUGUUGUUGUAGGAAAUAAUGGCGGCAUCGGGAGGCGGAUUAUCAUCUCCCGCAACCGUCGCGGGCUUGAGCACUCAAGCUCCGGCCCGGGCUCGCUUUCCGGGCCGGCCGUGCACGGCUCGCAGCAGGCUGCGGUCGGAGAAACGUACCAGACGCGGAAGGUUGGGCUCGGACGACGGGGAGCUGGCUGCCGAAGGGCCGAGGCCCGUAAACAUCGGGCUCGCGUUGAGUGAAGAUCCGUCCCUGCUGCGCCUGCUCGGGGUGGCGGAGAAGCACAGGCGGCAGAGAGAUGCGGGUUUCGACUCCAGCAACAGUGAGGAGGAGGAAGAGUUCACUGGGUUUGGGACCACAACAGUUCAUCCACAGAAAACUUCUGGUGCUGUUCCUCGGUCUUCGUCGCUCAACCAAGCAAAGUCUUCCGAAGCUUCAGACCAUUCUCCGGGGACAAAGCCUCUCCUAGGAAAAAUUAUACCCAAGACCCCAAAGCCGGCUCUGAUUGGGAAAAUUGUACCGAGGGUUCCUAAAGAUGACCAGGGGGUCAAAGAGAGCUCAGUAGAAGACAAAGAAAUACCCAAGGUGGUAAUUAAACUGCAAGGCAAGCAGGUAGCUCUCACUGCAAAAGCCAAACGUGCAGACGGGCAGGCCUCAGGUAGACAGAGCAGCACAAGAUCAGCUGACUCUAUCAGGAAAGCAGGAGACACGGCCGAAUCGGGCAGCACUCAAAACCAAACAGCCGCUGUCUCAGCUGGUGGUACCAAGCGAGAUACGCCGAUGAGCACUGUGACAGCAGCCAAGGGCGCAGAAAAAGCUUCCAAGGUCAAAGAACAAGGCGAGGUGUCAGAGGAGUCAGACACAGACCAAUCCCAGCCACAGAGCUCUGUGAAACGGAUGAGGGGAUUUGGGCACACCAGGCGCACAUCUCAAGCAGUCACUCUUUCAUUUACAUCCUUUCACAAACGGCAGAGGAAGAGAAUGGCCAAGGGUAUGGGUGCCUCUCCUGAGGCGGGAGCUGAGGCUGGUGCUCAGAGUGGAGAGGAGGCAGCAAUGCCCCUUGAGUGCAAAGCUGCAGAUUCCCCUGAGAAACGAACACACAAAAGACAACAACGCAAGUCUUUGUUUGGGUACAGGCGAAAACCACCAGCAGCUAUCAGACGUCCAAAACUGGCCCGUAAUCGCCAGAGGCGCGUUUUUUACACCUAUGUAACAGAACCUGUUCCAGCCACGCUGACACAGGACGGGAAUGAGCAGCAACUGCAAGGUCAGAACGUCAAUCCAUCAGAGGGUGAACCCAGCUCGUUUUCUGAACAAGUCCAGCAGAGCUCCAACAACUCCUCGACUCCUCUGAUGAGCGCACGGUCCUCCCGCGUUAUUAAAACUCCCAAGAGGUUCUUGGAUGAGGAAAUGAUUGCCUUUCCGAAGGGCUCCCUGUCAACAUGGCUGAAGAGUCAACAGAGAGAGGAUGGAAAACCAAGCGCAUCACCUCAUGAGUCAGGUUAUGAUGGCAACUCGUUACAGUCAGACGGUGACUCUUUAUCUGUUUUCGACAGCCCGUCAAAGUUCUCACCAAAGCCCAGCCCGGGCACGAGCCACCUCGAGAUCUACAAGAACCUCAAAAAACUGACCUUGAAACUGGCGGAGAAAAAGAAAGGCCAGUCUGACACUCAGGGGGAUUAUACACAUCAUGGCGACGGCUUGACCUCUCAUGUCAGGAAGAGGCGGAGGUCAAAGCUCAUGAUGGAGGAGAUGGACUCUCCUGGUGUUGUGAGGAAACUAGCUGUGGUAGUGAAUGCUGAUGUGGAUUCAUCCAGUCAAAUGCCAUUUGAAGAUACUAGCAACAAUAAUCAAGCAGGAAGUGUGACAGUGGACAGUCAGGAGGCUUUAGAGGUCAGCGGGCCCAGCCAUCGGAUUGGUCUCAGUGGAGCAAAUAAGAGGAUGCUCCACCUGCUGAAAAAAGCCAAAGUCCAGCUCAUCAAGAUUGAUCAGCAGAAGCAGCUCAAGUUGUCACAGUUGGGCUCCAGAGAAUCACGAGUGCCAGUGAGUGGAAGGAGGAGGAGGAGGAGAGUUGGCGAAUCUCCCAAAGAUAUCAGUCCUCAGGAGCAGCCACUGGGUGGUCCGAGGAUCAAACAUGUCUGUCGGGCAGCAGCAGUGGCUUUGGGGCAACCCCGUGCCAUGGUGCCAGAUGAUAUUCCCAGACUCAGCGCCCUCCCGCUGCAUGAGAGAGAGGGCAUCACCUUCUCUCCCACAGCAGAAGAUGUGGCAGAUGAUGACGAUGACAUCUCUGAUCAGGGCAGGGCUCAGUGGGUUGUCUCUCAGGAAAACAUCCAGCGGAGGAGGAGGGGGAGGGGGAAGGGCCACAGGUUCAGAAAGAGGAAGAUACUGAGUCGGUAUGGACCUGGAGGAGUCCGCUCCCGGCGCUGCGGACUCUGCAAAGGCUGUCUGAUAGAGGAGGACUGCGCAAAGUGUAUCAACUGCCUCGAUAAACCCAAAUUCGGAGGGCCCAACACGAAGCGGCAGUGCUGCAUAUAUAAAAAGUGUGAGCGGAUUGAGAAAGCGAAGAUUGAGCGCAUUGUCAGACCACUGAAAGUCCAGGCGAGGCGACUGUCGGGCUCCGUGUUAAGCAGUGACGAUACGAACUGGGGAGGAGCAGGCGGGGGGUCUUCCUCGAUGGUCCCUGGAGUCAGGAAACAGUCCCUGCGUAACAUCACGCCACGCUCCUACAGCAGCCUGCUAAAAUCUGAGUCUGAGGAAGAAGAGGGAGAAGGAGAGGAGGAAAAGGCAGAUAAACCAACCGCCAAGCCAAAUGUAGUUGCUGCUAGCAACCAAGAACUUGCUCCUCAAGAUGGCGGAUCAGUGCAAGAUGACCCUCCACCUGAGGCGGUGAAGGCAUCGCCGGCCGUUCUCCAGAGGAGCCGGGAGCAGACCCAGAGCUUACAAGAUGUUUUUGGCAAACAGUGUCCCACAACUAUCCAGAUUCCAGGUUUGAAAUGCAAUCUGUUUCUUGACUAUCUGAAGUGGAAGGAAUGAGCUUAUGUAAACACUUAAAAAAAGAUGCAUUUUCCCAUAUCUGUAUCUGAGAAAUCUAAUAAUGCAACAAUAGAUAAUAAAAUCUAACAUUAUUAGUGUAAGCCUGUUGAUAACAGGUGUAUUUUAUGGAGCCUAUACUUAAUCAUCAGUAUAACUGCUCAUUGCUUUCUAACACCAUUAAUUUCAGUGUUGAAGGGCUGUCAUACUGUGUCGUGAUUCAAGCAUUAAUCUUGGCUGUGCUGCCUGACUCUUUGCUUCUGCUGAUUGUACUUGGCGUGUAUGUUUGGACUUCUUCAAAUCACAUGCCAAUCUAAUCAAGCACAUUAUUUUUAUUUUAUUUUUACCUUUAAAUCUCCAUCGCUUGAAUCAUCUGUCAUUCUUUAUAAUUUAUAAUGAAUUGAUAUUGAGAAAAAGAAAUCCCCCUACAUAUAUGUACAGAUGCUGAUUCCAAGUGUUGAGUGUAUUUUCAUUUUCACUUGUUGUUUGCAAUUUUGUAGUGCUGGCUUUGUCAAGUUAUCACGUUUUUUAAUUUUUAAUCAUGGGCUCAUGGCGACUACAUGCUGCUUCUCCUUGACGAUUUAGUCACAGGUUUGUGUUGCCUCAAACCAGUAACCCCAUCUUCCUCCUGCUUGCAAAAUACGCCAGCAACGAAUGAAGCCACCAUAUUUUGAAGACGAGAAUAAGAAGCAAGUACACAAAAUCAACAACAUAAAAAUAAACCCCCCCCCAAAAAAAAAACGUAUUUACGGGACGUAAGUGCAGACUUACUGUUCAAAAAAUGCUGUGACAACAUGUAUACCUCUAAUUUGAAUACCUGCAUGAAUGCAAUCACGCAUGCACCUUUGAAAAUGCAGACGUAAAUACCUGCAUGUACAUGCUAGGCACGUGUGUCAGUGUCAUUGGUGUCAUAGUAUUUUUUUCUGUUGCCUGGAAGUGUGAGUAUUAGUGCAGGAGACUCACAAUGGUAGAAAGUUGUGGGAGACUUGAGAUGUAGUUAUAUCUCUUUUUGACUAAAAAAACCUGUUUAACACAAACUAGAAAUCACAGAUCAUUAUUAGUCUUAUAACACAGGAAUCUGCUGUGCUGUGUAUUGUAAUAUAGAUCUAUAGUGGCAGCACACUGCAUACUGCAGAGGGCAAAUAUGGAUAAACCUCUUCACUUAAACUAACAAACUAAGAACAACAUUGUGCAUUUUGCCAUGAAGCUGACGUCUACAAAAUGAUGAACUUCUUGUCAUUAUUUAGCAGUCUUUGCACUGGAGACAUGAAUACUUUGCUAAUGUGUACUUAAACGCCUCAUUGCACCUCUCUCUGACUAUACUGAAUGCAUUUGCUAAACUCUGCUUCACCUUUUCUCACUUAUUAUUCCUGUAUUAUUCCUGACUUAUUAGUCAUAGUGCUCCUCCCUUUUUCUGUCACUUUGGCUGUUGCCGGUCGCCGCCUCUGCAUGUCACUGGUAUUAGUGUCACUGUGGAACCUCUCUUGCUGGUUGGCUUAGGC